AAAACCCCCUGCUGUUUCCUUUUCUAAAGCCACAACGCCACUUGAGAAGAUACUACCACACCCCUGUCCUCUGCCCCACUCUGCCUCAAAUGGAUCACGGCGGAGGAGGUCGUGGGAUGGCAGGGUACGAGGCGGCUGCGGCGGCGGCUUCCACCAACCAGAAGACCGAAAGCUUCGGAGGCUGUUCCAGCUCCAACAGCGUGAAGAAAAUUUACCCCAUUGACAGUCCAAUUAAGAAAAGAAAGUUACAGUAUGACCUCAGUGACACAAGGCUGUUAUCGCUGAAAUACAAGUUUCAGGACCGACGAACUUCACAGGAGGAUGAGACUGCAAGAACAGAAAGCUUAGGAGGUGAUGACAUUUUCAUCAACAAGAACUGUAAUGUGGACAUGGCCAAUGUUUACAAGGAAUUGGACUCGUGUGAGAAUACUCAAAGCCUUUUAGGUGGUUGCAUCGAAGUUGACUCCAUAAAUGCCAGGUAACGAGAGCGCCUUGGUGGCCUCGCCGGGGUGGCGGAGCACGGACUGCGAGAGGUAGGCCUCGGCGCGCGCGGCCAGGUUGUCCUCGGAGUGCUCCUCCGUCAUCUCCAGGUACUCGGCCGCGCACCGCAGCGGGGCGACGUUCCAGGGCGUGAGCUCGACACGGACGCCGUAGCAGAACU